GCCGCCUCCGUCCUCGCGGUCCCGGCGGACGGGCGAUCCGCGUAGUACCGAUACACGCGCGCGUCACGCUCGUCUCGUCUCGCGUCCGCGUCGGAGUCUUCUUGUUCCGCGCGCUUCUUCUCCGCGUGAAACGCAUCGUCGUAGCUCGUCGUCGUCGUCGUCGUCGUCGUCGUCGUCGUCGUCAUCGUCGCCAGUGCCGAGAUAAAUCCCGUGAAAACGCACGCGAAGGGGCGAUGGAACGCGCGUCGCAACCGAGAAUAAGAAACGUCACGGAGUCGCGCACACGUGCACGCGUGGCCGUAAUCGCGAACGCCGCGAACUCGCGCGAAAACUCUUGACACUUCCGCAAAAUGGGAGUCUCCUCGCCGGUGCUUCGUGAUCCAUCUCCCUAUAAUCUCCCCUUGAACCCUCUCGUAUAAACAUAAAAGGAGACAAAAGUCCUCUCUUUCUCUCUCUCCCUCCCUCGUGACGGAAAGGCUCUUCCAUUUCCUCUCUCUUUCUCUCCGUGUGUAAUAACAUUCGUUAUCCCCUUUUCAUCCCGCGUGUCUUCUUCUUCCCGCUUCUUAUCGCUUAUCUUUCCGCGACGCGGUGUCGCGUUUCGCGCCGCGCCAGGCUCCGCGAAACUUUCGAACGCGCGCGUUCGGCCCGGUCCGCCGUGAUUCGUCGCGCGCGCGGCCGCGCGCGGCACAUUCGAAGACUCCGUGACGAUGGACGAGUCCGGAGUCGACAUGGGUUUCGACCUCACGACCGCCCUCGCUGUCGCCGACCCGAACGCGCACUACGAUGACGUCGUCGGGGAUUACGACGACGAAUUCGAGCAGGCCCUGUCCCUUCUGUCGACCUCCACCAAGGAGCUGAUGUAUUACGAGCUGAAAAGCCGCGCGCCCGAUACCGGCAGUCCGCCGACAUUCAAAACAGCUACGCCGACGUCGCGCACGCAAUUGAAGCUGCAGCUGAUGCGAGAACAGCUGCAGGAGCAGGAGAGACGACAGGCGGAAUUCCGGCAGAGCUUACAACAGCAGAGACCGGCUGCUGCACCACCUAGACCAGUGCCGCCUACGCCGUUGCCCACCAUUGGCGUGGAUGUGCCACCGCAAGUAUUACAAGUGCGCACGCUGCUGGAGAACCCGACGCGCUACCACGUGGUGCAGAAGCAGAAGAACCAGGUGCGUCAGUACCUGCACGAAUCGUUUCGCGGAGGUGAGGGCGGCGGCGGCAAUGCGGUCGUCGGCAGCGCCGAUAGCGAGGGUGGCGGCAGGACGCCGCCCGUCCCGAUGGUGGUGCAAAGUGCACCGCCCGGCCCGCAGCUGCAUCACCCGAAGCCGCAGCAUCCUCAUCUCGCCUCGUACCCGCAUGCUCCCGCGCUGCUGCCGCAUCACCCCAGUAACCCCACGGUGGUCUCGGCGAGCCCGGACCCCGCCACCGGCACCAUGUCCCCGGGUCUGUCCAGCGUCGCCACCAGCAACUCUGAGGCUGAGGACCUCCUGGACGACAUAUUGUCGUUCGAGGCUGGCUCCUUGGGUGACGGAUUGAAGGACGGCCAAGCCGGUAGUCUGACGAAUAUACCGGAGCUUCAAAUUAAGCCGGAACCUCUCUUGCUUACGGAAGCGGAAAUCCACGCUCUCGCCAAGGACCGGCAGAAAAAGGAUAAUCACAAUAUGAUCGAGCGACGGCGGCGCUUCAACAUCAACGACAGGAUCAAGGAGCUCGGCACCCUCCUGCCCAAAACCAAUGACCCAUAUUACGAAAUCGUCAGGGAUGUCAGACCGAACAAGGGUACGAUCCUGAAAUCCUCGGUGGAGUACAUAAAAUUGCUGAAGAACGAGAUCAUGAGGAUGAAACAGAAUGAGCACAAGCACAAGCAGCUCGAGCAUCAGAAUCGACGAUUGCAGUUGCGCGUGCAGGAACUCGAAUUGCAAGCGAAGGCGCACGGACUUCCGGUUUCCGACUUCACCUGGGCGUCCACCUCUGCCAUGCUCAACACCUUCCCGAGGAGUAAGCUGGAACAACGAAAGAUACCGGAUCUGUCGGUGACGGAGGAUGCGACGAGCCUGAGCAUGUCCCAGCUCGAGGACCUCAUGGAGGACGACACCGGCGGUCCCGUUCACGGCGGCGACCCGAUGCUGUCGUCGCCGCAUCUGCCACCAUUGAGCCCACCUGCGGCUGCCUGUCACCACGGUUUAACCGACGAGGACACCCUCGGCAGUCUGGCGGUGACCACGUCGAAUUCCUCCUCCGACAUGGACAUUGUCGCGUAGCGUCGAAAACCGCUGUCGUCCGUCAGCUGAGCGUGUGAUCGGAGUCGAACCCCAAAACUCUCAUCGACGUGGAAUUUCCCGUUCGGCCUUUGACCGAGAUGAUUAAUUUACAUUUGCGCGAAAGAGAGAAAUAUAUAUAGAUAGAGAGAGUAUGUGUGUGUGUGUGUGUGUGCUGGAAAAGGAAUGCUGUUUUGGUGUAUGUGUGACGUGGGACUUGAAGGCAGAGAGCUGCUGCGACAUCGUAGAUCUUCAUCGUGGAAGAACGGGAAGGGAAUUCGCGCGACGUCAAUUGGAUUUUAUUGGAGAGACCGCGCACUGAUGCGAAUUUAUCUAAAACUAGUCAUCGAUUCGAGAGGAUCUUAUAUACUUUGGAAGAUUGGCAAAGGAAAUGAAGAAGUAUACGCAUACGCGGAUUAGCUGUUGCUUGCCAUAGAGAAGCCUGAAAGAGAUUGUUCUGAAAAUUUCAAUCGAAUUUGCACUGAAGAAUAUUAUACUUGAGAAAACAGUUAUUCACAGUAAAAAAUAUCGAUAUUUUUCUUAAACGAAAUCCCGACUAUUUGAUUAAAUAUAAACGAAGCUAAUUACAUAUGUAUAGAUGAAUUUUUUCUGCAAGAUGGAAAGACAUAAUUGGAGUUUUUUCAUAGAAAUAUAUUCAUCGGACUUCCCAGAUGCUGCCAAUUAUCUUACCAAUUAUUUUCAUAAUUAUCAAGACAUAUCCAGCGAUUGCAAUAGUCUUAUCUAAUAUGCCAUUAAUGACUAGUUGAUCGUUUUCUGAUUAACUGUGGAUAGCAAGAACACUUUCCAAGACCCUUUCAAAACCUGGGAGAUCAUCGAGAGGAUCGUGGAGAAAAUGAUCGUGACAAGGACGUGUCAAACUCGCGUUACGCGUCCUUGGAGAUCCAGUCCGCGGAUCGGAUGGAAAUUUUUCGGGUCGAUGACGAGAGAACCUCAAGAAGCGAUCGGGCGUUUUCGAGCUGGCCGGGAUCUUUCCAAGUGGCGGUGAAAGUCGUUAUCGCCGGACGAUGGAGGAGUUCAGGGUCGUUCCAAUUGCGAAGAGGAACGGAGGGCUCGUUGUCACGAUUCUACGAACGGCUGGCCGUUACACUAAUGGAAUGCGUGAUGUCUUACGUGCGUUGUAUGUUAUGUCAGUGCACUCGAAGGACGCGCUCCUGUCGCGCUUAAAACGAGCCUAAACGUUCGCUAUCGUCGCAUCGAGGACGAUAUGUCGUCAGAUGCGCAUCAGCGAUGUGCAUAUUGUAUUUUGUUGGACAACGAAUUCAGGAUCUUUGACCAAGGACGAGAACGUCAAAAAGUGCUAAUUAUUAUAUAUUGUUUGUUAUAUUACUUAAUCAUCGAGAAAUUAUUUUCGUAGGUUGCGAGUGUAGUUUGCGAGAUAUGUUGAAAAACGACGGUCUCUCCAAGAGAGAUGAGAGAGGGGAAGUCUUUUUAAGAAAAGAUUUUCAGAAAUAUAAUAUAUAUAUAUAUAUAUAUAUAUAUAAUUAUAUAUGAAAUUUGGGAAAAAUUACUGUAUUAUAUGAUAUUUUAUUUUGCUUUCGCACAUUUAUAAAGUUACGAAAUAUCAGGUGCGUGUUGAAGAAACGGUCUAAAAAUGAAAGAGAGAAAAUAAUAGGACAAAAUGUGUAAUUAAAACAAAAU